AUGGAGCGACUUCUCCCGGCCGAAGAAGCACGCGCAUUUGCUGAGGAUGUUCAGUGGCUGGAGGGACGGAAUAAUCUCACGUACUUGAUGGAUGGAUGGGAUGACAGUCAGCGACGCAGCAUCUACGGAUGUAUGAUAGCAGAGGUGUCAGAGUUCCCCGUGGUUCUUGGAUUAGAAGAACUUACUGGCAUCCGGGGGACCACAGAUAAUCUCGUCAAAGUUGCCAAUAAGGCCAUUGCAAAGAAGAGCCUUGACCCAAAGGCAAUCAUUGCGGUUUGUACGGAUAACCCAACCAUGAUGCUUGCCUUUCGUCGAAAAUGGACAAAUCAGCACUCCUGGAUUCUCGCCAUUCACUGCUUCAUGCACAGUAUCAACACAAUUAUUGGUAAAAUCGUGAGCUACCCCUCGGUCAAAAAAACAAUUACUUCGAAUUCACAGAUCGUUUCCUUCUUCAAUUCAUCACACUACUGGGGAGGACAACUCGAGAAAAUUUGCAAGGAGAAUGGGGUAACCCGUGGUCUAAAAACAAACACAGAAUCCCGCUUCUACGCCCUUAUUCUCCAAGCCCUGAGUGUCCGUGAACACAAGAUUUCCUUGAUGACUCUGUGUGUGCAAGACGAUGCACAGCAGUCUCAGGGCGGCCUAACCGCAGUCUCAAAGGAUGUUCUCGCCACAAUUUUUGAUGUCCAGCGGUGGCAACUAACUGACCAGCUGAUCCGUGUCUGCAAGCCUUUAGUGGACAUUAUCGGCGAUGUUGAAUCUCGAGAUGCGUCACUCGCCAAUUGUAUGCUCCAACUGAUCUGGGCUCAUCGACAAAUCAAGAAAUUACCUCACAUUCCCGGAGACGAUUCACACUUUCUGCGACACGCUCAAAAAAUUGUGAAUGCCCAGUUUCAUGAAAUGAACACCGACAUUCAUUGGCUUACCCUUUUUCUCCAUCCUCUUUGCCGCAAACUCGCAAUCUCUAACUCACCCCACUCUCGAAAACUCGAUGAUGCUUAUAAAAUCUCACUUGGGAUUGUGUUACACUGGGGAUGGACUAAGGAGAUGGUGACGAAAUUGGCUGCCGAUGUCAAGGCUUAUUUUCACGCACAGGCGCCAUUUCAGGGUGGGAAGGGUGACAGGAGAGACUGGUGGAAAUCCCUCUUGGUAAACGUCACAUAUCACCCUCUCAAAGCCAUGGCCGUCAAAUUGUUUAGUAUUGUUCCCCAUGCAGCAGAGGUCAAGCAGUUUUUUUCCAAUCUAGGUGGUGUUCAGAGCGUCAAGCGCUCACGUCUCACGGUUUCUCAUAUGGAAACAUUGGGAAUGCUUUGGAACCAUUACACACGUCAACUUCACGAGGCCGCACUCGCCGCCGGAAAAUCAAUGUGUCGCAAACAUGCUCAUAUGCACACCCAACCCGAUGGUGGAAUAGAUGUAGGGCAGGCAGAAGAUUUGGUAAAGGCAUUCAAUUGGACCCCACUCCCACCUAAUUUCAAUGCCAACCUCGAGGGCCUUGAAGAGUCGACCGAAGAAGAGCUUGACGAGGAAUUGGAAAAGAUUGGAUCACUUACACCAAUGGGGGAGGGAGAUGGACUUGACACGACAAUUCCCAUGGAAGAGGUUUUUGAUACCUCCCAUCUCGACAGCAUCCGGGCAGGCAACGCACCACUCGCUAUCGACGAGGAACUCAAUCUACACAUUGAAAAUGCAGGUCCCCGUGAUAAAUGGGAUGCUGCUUCGUUAAUGCGAUCCCUUGGUGUUAGCUAG